UAAUUACUUGCGCAUGCUUUCACUGGACUUUGUAUAUAAACCGGGUCGUCUUUAAGCAUUGUACACCUGAGGUAGUGACCAUGAUUCGAUCUCUCUUCAUCCUCGCUCUCGUCGUCUGUGCCGUGAGUGCAAACUUUUGGGGUGGCUAUGGACGAGGGUACGGUGGAAGCGGCGGAUACGGAGGUGGUUAUGGCGGAUUAGGUGGUCUGGGAAGAGGAGGAUUAGGUGGGUUCGGAGGAGGCGGAUUCGGUGGUCUGGGAGGAGGCGCAUUGGGAGGAGGCGGAUUAGGAGGAAUGGGUGGGAUCAUUAGAGGUGGAUCUGCAUUCCUAGGGGGUGGUGGCGGCCUGGGAGGGGGUCUUGGAGGAAUCGGUGGUGGUAGACUUGGAGGAAUAGGCGGUGGCUUUAUCGGAGGAGGACGAGGAGGAUUCGGCGGGAAAAAGGCGGGUCCCUACUAAAACUCAGGUGGUGUGAAGAAUACGGGAUGAUACAACAAAUAUUCCGGUGACAUUCAUGGAAACAAAGAUGUCAAAAAUAAAAGAAAUAUGAAUUUUACAAACGUGUCUUGUUUCUUCAUGUUGUUAAGUAUUUACUAUAUGAAUUUAAAAAGAUUAGAAAUUAAACAUAUAUUUCCAUGAAUGACCCAAUGUGGCGAUGUAAUUAAUCGACUAAUAUUGAUAUCUACCUAUGUAAAAUUAAAUGUUCA